AUGAAAGCGAUAAAAAAUCUUCAUUUAGACAACAUUACAAAUGACCUUCGACGCAACCUUAGUUCAGUAAAUACUAGAGCAAACAGCGAUACCAAACAUUUAAAUAAAUUAUUGACAUCGGAGAGAGGAGUAUGGAAUGCAUUAAGUACUUUAACUUUGGAACAAAAUGAAGCAGCAAAGUAUUUAAAUAUUUGGGGAAGAAGCGAAGAUGUUGAUUUGGCUGAUGUAACAGAUAAAGUUGGUACUUUAUUAGUAAAAAUAUCAGAAGCCGAAGGAAUUUUAGCUAAUAAACUUGCACAAUAUCGUGCACAAUUGAAAGAAAUACGUACCAGAGAAGAUAGAAUGAAGGAGCAACGUAGUAAAAAAGAAGCAUUAUGGAAUAAAAUUGAAAGAGAAGAACGUAAACCAAAAAGAUCAGAUCUCGCCGAACAAAAAUUAAGCGAAUUACAUUCUGAGUUGAAUAGAGCUGAAUCAGAAAGUCUUGAAGAGGAAACAGCUUUGGCAGACUUUAAGAGACAAAGACUGAGAGAUGCUUUAACAUUACAAUUGGAAUCAUUUUAUGAAUUUGGAGAAAAAUUAAUAAUGAUUACAGGAUUUUGCAAAGAAAUUGUUGAUCAAAUUCCUAUAGAAACCACUACACCUGGUGAACCGAGAGCUCCUUAUUAUGGAAAAGAUAAAACAACAACAUCAUUUUCAAAUUGUAUUUCAUCUCUUUCUUCAUGGACAACACCACAAGAACUUUAUCCAAUAGUUCCACAAAGAACACACGCCGCUGUACCAAUUACUACUGCUGCUAAUGCAUCGCCAAUUUUUAAACCUCAAUAUUCAGAGUCAACAACAAAUCAUGAAGCUAAUUAUGAUGAUAAACGUUUACCCACUACUCCUCAAAAUUUAUCACAAGACUUGUCUCAACAAAAUAUGGCUACCAAACUAUUGCCUCAACAGCAAAUUUAUCAACCAACUCAAGAAUCAGCUCAGCAACAAGUACCUCAACAAGUGCCCCAACAAGUACCUCAACAAACGGCUCAACAAGUACCUCAACAAGUACCCCAACAAGUACCCCAACAAUUGCUUCAACAAACGGCUCAACAAUAUGAUGGGUCAAGAUUAUAUACUCCUCCUCCUUCUUCUAUGCAACAGUCACCACAUCAACAUGAUAGGCCACAAUUAUAUUCUACUCCUCCUCAUUCUAUGCAACAGUCACCACAUCAACAGCAACAACAGCAACAACCAUUAUAUCCCUCAACUUUAACUAUAUCAGAAAAUAAUGAACUUUCAUUGCCCUCAUCAUCCUUAAUCAAUAAUAACAACAACAACCUUGUUGCUAAAAAGUACUUUGAAGAUCCAAAUGAAGCUGAUCAUAGCGAUUUGGAACAACCAACAGAUGCAGAAACACUGAGACAAAUGAAUCCAUCAUCACCUACAUCAUCACCUACACAACAACCAUCUGCAUUCAUAAAUGAUAAUUCAGCACCAUCAUCGGCAGCAACUACUGCCGCCAAUAUUGCUCCUGCCUCUAGCAUUGCUACCAAUACUGUAUCGUCAUUACCAAUAAAGGAUGAUGGUCAUUAUGGUGAUAAUGUCAAUCUUCUUCCAAUACCAGGAAGCAAUGGAUCUGCAAAACAUGUUACUUUUAGUGAUGUCGAGAUACAGCAUACAAGGAGAUUCCAUUUGUCAAAUGUCACACAAAACUAUUACAUAUAUAACUGGGAAAUUAAACCAUUCCAACCAUGUGUGACCCAAUUAUCUGGCAAAAUUGCUACUAUUAUUCUUGAACAGCCUUUAUUUAAUACAUCAAUUAAAACAAAAAUACAAGCAGAUACAGUCUUAAUUGAAAAUCAAUUUAUUCCAAAUCAUUUUGUACCAUCAAAAAAAUACUUUCUUGAUACAAGUGAUGACAGUGGUUCAACAAUUAAAAACAACAGUGAUUAUGAUUUUUAUUGGUUAAAAGAAGCAUUAAUGGAAGAACCUUUCAAUUUAGGACCAGCUAACAAAGAAAAUCAAGAUUUUCUAUUAAAAGCAGAAAAUGACAUAAGAAUCUGGCCAGAAGUCAAAGGAUUAGAAUGGAUAAUUAAUAGAUGGAAAAAGUAUUAUGAAAAAAACGAAGAUGAAAAGGACAUAAUUGCAAUAAAAAAUGACCCUACAACUAUAGAAAAUAAUAAACAUUUGGUUGGAUUUUUAAUAGGCAUAGAUGAAAAAAAAGUAAUGUCUAAUGUAAAAACUUUUGGUAACAUAAUUGAAUAUGAAGAAUGUAAAGACUUUUCAUUUCAAUUGCAAUGUAAAGAUGUCUUUGACAAUUUAAUAAUGAUGGAAGGUGAAAAAUUAAUUUGGAGGCCAUCAAAUAUUACAAAUGUUUGGCUAAGUUGUGGUUGUAAAGUUAAAAAAGAGAGAACAUCAUUUAAUUUGUAUAUUUCAAAAAGCAAUUUAAUAAAUCAGCAAAAUGAUAUCACCAUUAUUGUCAAGUACUCAAGUAAUCAUAGAAUAUGUCAUUGUAUUUCUGGAACAACAUAUGGACAAUGCCAUGGUAUUAUUAGAGAAGAGUUGGCUAAUGUUGAAGGUCAACCACAAGACAUUAGGAAAAAAGUAUUAAAGGAUCUUGAUGCUGAAAUAAGAUUCACUGGUAAUAGACAAAAUAUUCCUUCAGCAAAUGUUUCUAGAACCAUCAAAUCGAAUGCAAAUGCAUCAGAGGAAUGUAAUUUACUUGAAAAAAUGCAUGUAGCAAUUAUGAAAGCAAAUCAAGCAGAACAUGGUGAUUAUAUUAAAAAAAAUGGGAUGGAUUCAUUAAAGAAAAGAAAAUUAAUGGGAUAUAUUCAAGAACCAAUACAAACACAACCACUUUCAAUAGCAUUUUAUAAUGAAGCAUCUCUUGAAAUACUAUCAUCUUUAUGCUUCAAGAAAUCCUGGCAUAUUUAUAGAUUAUACAGGACAACUCAUUAA